CUGUCCAGCCCGGUCUCGACAGCAGCCCUGGUUCCUGUGCCCAUGGAUGCCUGAUGCAGGAGACUGCGCCUGAUGCCACGUCCGGUUUUUGCGAGCCUUGCGCCUCUGCAAACUUGGCGUGCCGACGAGGCCCCAGCACUGCCCGCGGUGCUCAACUUCAGGAAGCUCCUAGAGGCGCAGACAGAGGCAGAGAAUGCGCCGGAGCUGCCUCGAGCGGAAGAGCCGCGGGCCAAGAAGGCCAAGCUGGAUGCCCCGGAAGGCCUUGCGCGUAUCGGCAGCAGGGAUCGCCUCGGGGAGGUCAUCCGCUCCAUGGAAAACCGCCUAGCGCGGCAGGGCAUUUUAGCGGCGCCGGAGACCAUCAUCCAGCGGAAGAAGCAGAAGAGGGACGGAGAUUUGUUCUACGACGUCAGCGACAACUUCAUCGAUGACGCCCAGCUGGCGGAGCUGAAUGCGCUGGAGGAGCGCCGGAAGCCCAAGGCGCACGCGUCCAAAGCGGCGGCUUCCGAGGCGGACGAAGGUGCAGAGAAAGCAGCCGUGUCGGCCGGGCCAGAGAUGGACGUGAAGGCCUUCCGCCUCACCUCGGCAGAGGUGUCCGGUACUGAGUCCGAGUCCGAGUCCGGUGAGGAGGAGCUCCGGGAUAGCCGGGGCUGGCAGUGGCAGCUCGCCGAGCUCCGCGAGGAGCUGGUGCUGGUCUCUUCCAAGCCACUGGAAGGCGCAGGGCCCGAGCUCUCGCCAGAGGAGAGCUUGGAGAAGAUCAAGGAUCUGCUGACAGAGCUUUGCAGUGCUCUGAACCCGGAGGAGCAGGCGAAGAAGCAGAUGCAGGUCUUGGAGCGUGCUCUGGAAGAUCUUCACCGCAGGCUCCCUGGCCUGCUGCGUGUCACGGAGGCUGAUGGGGAGCUGCCGACCCCGCGUUUCUCCAGGUGGAAGCUGCACAAGCUGGAGCCGCAGGUCUCAGAGGAGCCAGGCGCUUUAAGCCGGCGCUUGAAGGCCGACGUCAUGCCUCGAGGCGGGCCCGGAGAGGAGGAGGCCUUCUUCGCGUGGAGCGAAUGCGAGGAGGUCGCAUGGUUCUUGCUUUGCUGGCGCCUUUUGGGCUCCCUCCUGCCCACUUUGUCGCGGUCGCGCCACGCCCAGGCCUGGCUGCUGGCAGCAAAGGCGCCGCAGCAGGAGGCCUUCCAGGCCACCCGGGACCGGCUCCGCGCCACUCUGCAGCGCUGCCUCCGUGAGGAGACCAGUGCCGUGGCCGUCCAGGCGGGCAUCAGGCGGCUGCACCAGGAAAGCAAGAAAGGCCACGUGGUGCGGCUGCAGGGCUCCGGGGCGCUGAAGCCGCUGCUGCCCAAGCUGCGGCUGCUGCAGCGCCUCUGGCUGCGCCGGAAGCUCUGGCAGGACCAGCGCCAGCAUGGCCAGGUCCGAGAGGCGUUCCCGGUGGAUCCCCGGCAAGAGGCCAUGCAGCAGAACGCCAUCGCUGUCUUUAUCUCGGAGCAGCUGGAUGACCUUGCGAAGAUCCACCUUCCCAAGGACUUGCUGGUGAGGCAGCCCAGGCCCUGGCGCAAGGGCGGCUGGGCGGCGCUGCGGGAUGGCCCUGUGAGGAACGGCUUGAUCCUGCGCGUGUUGGACAAGUUCUGCGAGAUGCGCUUCUACGGCUCAGUGGACGAGCGCGUCGCGCGGUCCCUGCUGCGGCCCGUCCACUUGUGGCGCGCCGGGGAGGCUGUGGAGUGGCAAGAGGAUGAUGGCAGCUGGGUGCCUGGCACGGUGUCGGCCAGUGUGGGCAAGGUGGAUCCCAAGGAGCUGGGCGAGCUGCCAGUGGCGGUUUCGGGCGACCGCUCGGUGCCCUUUGCCAAGAUCCGGCGCAGAGACGUUGCGGUGAAGCAGGAGAAGCAGGACACCCAAGAGAAAAAGGAGCCCAAGGCGAUGGACGUCAUCGACGUGGGCUGAGAAAAAAGGAAAAGGGGCAAAGCCCAUCGGAGUCCGACAGUCCAAGGGGAAGGAAGUCAUCUUGGCCCUGGCUCAGGAGGAAGCUCCUCUUUUUGUUCUUCUUUUUGCGCUGCUUUGGAGGAAGGUGUGCCAAACACCAAGUCCCCAAAUGUCCCCCAGCAGGUUCUCAAUAAAGAGAAUCCACG